AUGGCAUCCAUGGCGUCCAGAAUCUUCGCCAUCACCGGCGGCGCAUCCGGCAUGGGCGCCGCAACUGCCCGACUCCUCGCCCACCGCGGUGCAGGAGCAGUCGCAGUGGGCGACCUAUCCACACAACACUUCACCGAUCUGAAAAACUCCAUCAAGAAGAUCAAUCCCUCCACCGAAGUCCACUGCAGCUCUCUGGACGUGACGUCCUCAUCCGCCGUCGACAAAUGGGUGCAGACGAUCGUAUCGACCUUCGGGGAUCUCCACGGCGCCGCCAACGUCGCUGGAAUUCCUCAGGCUGCGGGGGUCCGCCAGGCGCCUAAUAUCCUCGAAGAGGCCGAGGAUGCCUGGAAGAAGAUCCUCAGCGUCAAUCUAGACGGGGUCUUCUACUCCACGAAGGCGCAGGUCCGGGCCAUGAAGGACGGGCAGAAGGGCGAUCGCAGCAUUGUCAAUGUCGCCAGUGUGGCGUCCCAGAUGCAUGCUCCGGAUGUGUUUGCGUACGGGACGUCAAAGGGGGCGUGUGCACAUUUCACGGCCUGUGUGGCCAAGGAUACGGCGCCGUUUGGUAUUCGCGUGAAUACGGUGUCGCCAGGAGCCACGAUGACACCCAUGCUGGGCAAGUUUAUGCCGGAGGCAAAGACGGAUGAGCAGCUGAAGGAGUCUUGGAAGAAGUGGGGUCUGGACAUUAUUGGGCCGGAUGAUGUAGCUCGAACGAUUGUGUGGCUUUUAAGUGAAGACUCGCGGCCAGUGUACGGGGCCAAUAUCAAUGUCGGGGCUGGUAUUCCUUAG